AUGGAGGUUUUACUGCACGAGACUGGCUUGCGAACAUUAUUUGAUUUGUUUUUGACUGGGGUGUCAUUGGGUAUCGUAACAUCAGCAGCACCAGUUUACAUUUGUGAAAUUGCUCAUUCAUCUGUUCGUGGUGCGCUCAGCUGUGUGGUGCAGCUGGGAGUCAACCUGGGCAUCUUCACUGCUGCUUUACUUGGGACCUUUGUGGAGUGGCGUGGCCUAGCUGUGUUUGGAGCCAUAACCGUUGUGUUAUACUUUGUGGCCACUCUCUUCAUUCCAAAUUCACCAGUGUGGCUUGUGUCUUCUGGCCGAGAGGAUGAUGCCAGGGAAACGCUUCAUAGGCUACGCGGACAUCAGUAUUGUGUGGAAUAUGAUUUACAGCAAAUUAUAUCAUCAAAAGCUAACCAGUAUGAUAUGGUUAAUAGUGGUAAUUUAGGCAGUUGGCUCCAGAAUAUUGUUGAACCAAGUUUAGAGCGUUCUGUCAUAUUCCUGGAUACCUGUAAAGCAGCCACUGAAGCUCAUGAUAAUGCCAAUGUGGUCAACAGUAGAGAAACACAAGUAGUGGUCACCUUAGUUCAGGCAUUCAUACAAGCUGGCUUAAGUGUGGAUGCUGUUGGUGUUAUAACACCCUUCCGUGCCCAGGUAAAACAGAUCCGUGAUCAUAUCUUGAAGGACGUGACCAUGGGCCAGAGAGUUGAAGUGAACACUGUGGAUCAAUAUCAGGGAAGAGACAAGGAUGUCAUAGUGUACAGCUGUGUACGCUCUGGUGUUACUCAUUGUGAU